UUCGGUGAGCGAACUCUGUCAAAAAUUAACAUAACCUCAUCCCUGAUUUAUAAUGACUAUAUGGAUUCGUGGUACAUUAUGUAGCCAAAUCAACUGAACAUUAUAUAUUCACAGUUAGAUAUUUAAUGACUGAGUAUGGGUUUUGCAAGAAACGUCUGGAUAUCUCUGCCAUUCACCACAUAUAUAGACAAUUUCUGACAAUCGACAAUGUUUGCUCGGCGUAGUUUUGUCUUCUUACUGUUGCUUCAAGGACAGACUUUUGCAGUAUUGAAAAACCUUUACAUACUAGGAAUGCUCCCCAUGGAAGGUCCAUGGAAUGGCGGGGUUGGUGUUCUACCAGCAGCCAAGGUAGCUCUCGGCUACGUCAACAAAAAUAUGGAUGCUCUUCCAGGAUAUCGAGUCAACAUGAUAUGGAACAACACAAAGUGUAAUCCAGGAGUGGGGUCCAAAAUUCUCGGAGACAUGAUGUGUAGUGGUAAGACGUUCAUCAUGCUUCUUGGUGCGGGCUGUUCUCCAGUAAGUGAGAUAGUAGCAGAGGCAGCUCAAUUCUGGAACCUAGUUCAGGUUAGUUAUUCGUCCUCAUCACCAGUCCUGUCGGAUAAACACCGGUUUCCCUACUUUUUUCGAGUUGUUGCUAAUCAACACAAGCACAACUAUCUUCGGGUUGCAUUUCUCCAGUAUUUCAAUUGGACCAAGGUCACAACGAUACAUCAGUCAGAACAAGUGUUUGGACUGAUGGUGGAACAUAUUGAAAAUAUCCUGAUUACAAAAAACAUUAAAGUCAUGAACAAGUUCGUAUUCACUAACAGCCCACGAGUGUUCGUCCAAAAGUUAAAGGACGAUGAUGCAAGAAUUAUCAUUGGUGCCUUUUACACAGACAAAGCUAGAAAAGUUUUCUGUGAGGCUUUUAAAAUCAGAUUCAGUGGACCGAAGAUUGUGUGGCUGCUUCCAGCUAACCUGGAACACAAUUGGUGGAAAGGGAACAAUACUGACUGUACUGGUAACGAAAUAUUGUCAGCCGCCGGCAACUACUUCAUCAUUACUGAUUACUUUAAAUAUUUUGGCACUGAGAAGGAUGACAACGGUAUCACACUACAACAGUUCAUGAACGAUUACAAAAAAAUGACUCAUUAUCAAACACUAACGGGCAAUUACCAUGCACAGGCUACGUAUGAUGCAGUAUGGGUUAUUGUUCAGGCACUCAAAGCUACCAUGGCUGACCUUCAGAAUACAGGAUUUGGACUUGAAGAUUUUACCUACACCAAUAGAUAUAUCGGCGAAUUAAUCAAGAACAACACGCUCAGAGUUAACUUUAAUUCGAUAACGGGUCGUGUGUUCUUUGAUAAAAAUGGUGAUACCAUAAGAUUGUCCAUGGUUAAACAAUUUCAAGAGGGGAAAUUAGUGGAAGUCGCCCAUUAUGAUCAACGUAAUGAGUUUAUCUGGAGCGACUCUACACCUGUCUUUUGGAUAAAUGGAGAGCCUCCAAAGGAUUCUUUGGAAAUGGUCAUGGAUCCAGUUUCAUUAUUAAAGCCACUGUAUGCCACCAUGUGUGUGAUUGCUGCACUUGGGAUACUUUUGGCACUGAGUUUUCUGACCUUCAACAUUAAAUUUAGAAAUAAUAGAAUCAUUAAAAUGUCGUCACCUAAUAUUAACAGUGCCAUCUUGCUGGGGUGUAUAAUAUCGUACGUGUUUGUAUUUAUACAAGGAAUUGAAACGAGGGAAAUGCCAAUCUUGUGCCAGGUCAGAUUAUAUUUUUUCAUCAUAGCAUUUUCUCUGUUGUUUGGUGCAUUGUUCGCAAAGACAUGGCGUUUAUAUAUCCUAUUGAUCAAGAUGCGUAAAUUAAAUAAACAGGUAUCUAAAGACACCCAUUUGUUUAUAGAGAUUGGUUUGAUCGCUGGUGUUAACAUGAGCAUCGUGGUCUUGUGGUCAAUUAUUUCUCCUAGUUACUCCAAGGAAAUGAAAUUGCAAAAUAUGGUCGAUCCAGACAACGACCGAGUGGUGAUUCCAACACUAUGGCACUGCACAUCCAAACAUGAUAAAUACUUCACCGGCAUUCUUGUUAGCUUUCAAGCCAUCAUUUCGUUGAUUGGCCUCUGCUUGGCGUUUACCACCAGAAAGGUGACAAUUCCAGAACUGAACGAUUCAAAAGAAAUCGGACUGUGUAUCUACAACGUGGUUGUGCUAUCUGCAUUAGGGAUAGUAGUACCUUUUCUACCAGAAAAUCAUCUUAACAUCAAGUACGGUCUCGGUUGCGGUCUCAUUAUUAUUGGAGCUACAGUUACCCAGUGUCUUAUAUUUAUCCCAAAGGUGCAGGCGUUAGAUACCUUAAUGCAAUCAAAAGGAGACGAGACCGAAUAUCGUGCGAUCCCACCUACCAAGACAUCGCUUAGUGUUAAAAUGAACGGCGCUUCAUAAUUAUUUACACAGAGAUCAGCAGAAACAGUAUGCGAUAGAGCUUUUAUCAGCUAUGUUUCUAGACUCCGAUAAUGGGCACCAUUCCUUACAAUUCCUCAAAGGCUAUGUAUGUCGUGUUUUAUUAACACAUUUGGAGUAAAAUAAUCCCCAAUCUGAAUGUAAAUAAUUCUCUUUUUUAUUAUUAUAUUAAGCUUUACAUGCAUUUAACUCUUGACCAACAUCUUUUCCCUCUCCUAUAACGUUUCAUAAUGCAAAAUAGAUAUAUUAAUUUAUAUUAUUUUUCAUGGGUCUAAAAUUGCGAUACCGACAGUUGCAUUUGCGUUCUGGGUUUACUAACGCUAGUAUGACUGAUUAUUAAAAUUUUAUUUCGACACGUUGAGCCAGGUUUCCAGUUUUUGUGAAAUAGUAUUAGUGAUGUCAUUUUAAAAAAAAUCACGUUUAAUUAAAACAGUGUGACAUGUUUGUAUGUGUUUAUGAUAUAUAUGUGUAUUAUCAACUAAACUUGAUAGAAUAAAUGAUGGGUUAAUGAUUUUGAAUAAUAUGCUUUUUUGAUGUUUUGCGAUUAUAUGAUUUAGGUUUUUUUUAUACCUGAAAUUGCGAGACCCAUCAUACCCGUGGGAACGAUAACUGGAGUGGGAGGGGACACAAUCACUAGUGGAAAGGGUGACAGUCUUUAAUGUCAAACUUGUGCCCGAUUCUUUUGUUCUUUGUAUAAUAAAAUAUAUACUCAGUCAAAAAAGAAACGCAUAGGCGAAAUAUUCAUGGGAUUAUCUCUUUAAUACAAAGUGGCAUAAUUUCGUU